AUUCCUCUCUCCUCUGGGUCCUGAUAGUUUUUGGGGUGAGGGAUGUGAGCUGCGUGAUCACACGUGUCCCAGCUCAGUCUCCCCUCUGGCCACCUCAGCCCCCACCACAGUUAUGGAGAGAAAUUAGCCAGUAAAACUUAAAGAACAAGAGAACUGCAUUCAAAUUGAGCUGGAAAAGAAUAUUUGGACAGUCUGUGAUUGUGAGAGUGGAUGAGUCUUCUAGCUAAACCUAUGAGCUUUGAAACCACAGCAAUCACUUUCUUCAUUAUCCUUCUAAUUUGCCUCAUUUGCAUCCUCCUUUUAUUGGUGGUUUUUUUAUAUAAAUGUUUCCAAGGCAGGAAAGGUAAAGAGACAAAGAAAGUGCCUUGUACAGAUGCAAACGGAGGUGUAGACUGUGCAGCUGCCAAAGUGGUGACAAGCAAUCCAGAGGACCAUGAAAGGAUCUUAAUGCAAGUCAUGAACUUGAAUGUGCCGAUGAGGCCUGGCAUUCUUGUCCAGAGACAGAGUAAGGAAGUGUUGGCCACACCCUUAGAAAACAGAAGGGACAUGGAGGCAGACGAGGAGAACCAAAUAAAUGAGAAGCAAGAGCCUGAGAAUGCUGGAGAAACUGGUCAAGAAGAGGAUGAUGGUUUGCAGAAAAUACACAUAUCUGUCACUAGAACUCCUUCAGUUGUUGAAAGCCAAAAAAGACCUUUAAAAGGAGUGACAUUUUCUAGGGAGGUAAUUGUUGUGGAUCUUGGGAAUGAAUACCCUACACCUCGAAGCUAUACUCAAGAACAUAAAGAGAGGAAAUGAAGCUCAAAAAAGGGUAAGAGUGAAAGAAAAUGUAACGUUUGACUAACAUUGAAAGACUGAGGGUACAAAAUAAUGUUGAAACAACAAAACAAUGGGGAAUUAAGCAAAUAAAGAUAUUAUUUUACCUUUGUGCAGAAAGGAGUGGGCCACGUGCAAAAUUCUGUAAGUAAAAUACUUAGAGCUUGAAUAUAAUUUUUUAAAAAUUCAAA